AUGGGAUUUGGAACGGGAGCUUCUCGAGCCGAAAGAAAAGCCAAAAGGCGCAAGAUCGAGAAUUCAAUUCCCGACAUACCUGACGACCUUGAAACAGAAGCAAAUGACGAUGGCGCCGUUUCGACAAAAAGAAAAAGAUCUAUAGAUGAUGACGCGAAAGUUGGCCAGGCCGUCACUUUAAACAGGAGCGAAGAAACCGCAUAUCAGAACGUAGAGUCCCAUCACAAGUCCAAGAAGAAUAAAACCUCUUCAACCGAAUCGUCUUCACUACCCAUGCAAAUUGAAGAGCCAUCAGAUAUAGCGGAGACCGAAGCUGCGCCUAAGAAGUCUAAGAAGGAAAGGAAAGCGGAGAGAAAAGCUAGGGAGGCUGGUGCAAAGUCAACGUCUAUAACGCAGACGGCAGAACCUGCGACAGAAAAUGCUACUGGACCCUCCGAUCAAAUUAGUGCCGAGAAAAAACGUUCGAAGACCAAGAAGCAAGGAGCUGUUUCUGGUGAAAAUUCCGGGAGCAAGGCUGCAAGAUUCAUUGUUUUUAUCGGAAACCUGCCAUUCACUGCUACCACAGCAUCGAUAAAAAACCACUUUGCAGCCGUUAAACCUGCAUCGGUCCGCCAUCUCACGGAGAAGGGAAAUCCUACUAAAUCAAGGGGCUGUGCUUUCCUUGAGUUCGAAGGCUAUGAUCAUAUGAAAACUUGCUUGAAGCAAUUUCACCAAUCCACGUUCAAUGAUGGUAUCUCAGCACCAAGGAAGCUCAACGUUGAGCUGACUGCCGGAGGAGGUGGUAACACUAAAGAUCGUCGGUCCAAAAUCAAAGAGAAAAAUGUGAAACUGAAUGAGCAACGUGUGAGACAAACACAAGAGGCCGACAAUCCUAAGGUUAGCAAAAAGGAAGCAGUUCAGGGAGUGAAGCAUGUAUUGGCUGAGGAUAGUGGAGUCCAUCCAAGUAGAAAGGCAAGAAUCGGUGGAUGA